GUCAAAGUAAUAAACUUGACAUUUUUAAAUAAAAUAGUAAUUAUAAAAUAAAUAUUAUUAAAAUAAAAAUUUGCCAUAAUUUAGUUUAUUUCAUCACGCAUAAGAAAUGAUCAGUUAAUUUUUCCACUUUCUGAUUUAGUUUUCGUUUUAUUUUACAAAAUGCUUAGAAACUUAAAAUUCUUAGAGCUUAGAAAUAUUUUUUGUAAAAAUGUCAGUCCAAAUUUCAACAAAACCCUUACUCGGAAUAUAGGUCUCAUUCCAAUAGUAGUAGAACAAACUGGACGAGGUGAAAGGUCCUAUGACAUUUACUCCAGACUGCUUAAAGAACGAAUUAUAUGUUUAAUGGGACCUGUCCACGAUACUAUGAGUUCCUUAAUAGUUGCCCAACUACUUUUUUUACAAUCAGAAUCUUCCAGUAAACCAAUACAUUUAUAUAUCAAUUCACCUGGUGGUAGUGUCACAGCUGGACUAGGAAUUUAUGAUACUAUGCAAUACAUAUUACCACCAAUCGCUACAUGGUGUGUUGGACAGGCUUGCAGCAUGGCCUCACUUUUAUUAGCAGCAGGAACUCCUGGAAUGAGACAUUCUUUGCCAAAUGCAAGAAUUAUGAUACACCAACCUUCUGGUGGUGCACAGGGUCAAGCUACUGACAUUCAAAUUCAAGCUGAAGAGAUUAUGAAACUUAAAAGACAAAUUAACACAUUGUAUGUCAAGCACACAGGACAAGAUUUAGCUGUUAUAGAAAGAAACAUUGAACGGGACAAAUUUAUGAGCCCAGAUGAGGCUAAAAAAUUUGGGUUGAUAGAUAAAGUUCUUUCAAAACCUUCAAAGGAUGACAUAGAACUUAUUUCAGCUGAGAAAACUGGUUAAUAAAUUAUUUUUAGAUCAUGUAAUGUACGUUUUUUCUAUUUUUGUUAGAAAUAAAUUACAUUAAAAAGAU